UUUGUUCCCCUGAUAUAUUUUCGACCCUUCGUCCCUUCCCACCUUCCCACCUUCGACCGAGCUUCCCAUCUUCCCGGCUCCCGCUGCGCCGCUGCCAUCCGACCCCCGCCGUCCCUGGCCGUCCCCGACGUCACCCGUCCCCGGCGUCCCUCUGUUCAGGCGUUCGGCUGCUCCUCUGUUCGCUCCAAUCGCUCGAGUGCUCGACGUCGACGCCUCGUGGCCCUCUUCCAGGUCGAGGUCUGCUCCAGUCAAAGUCUGUUCGCUCGACCUACUCUCGUCGUCGAGGUCGAGGUCCUCUUCCUGUCGACUUACAGAGUUCCAGUGCUGCUUCAGUGGGGUGGAGAAACAAGGUUAGAAGAAGCAUUGGUGGCAAUGGAGAAGAUUUCUGCAGCUUCAGCCAUGGAAUGGAGCAUUGAGCUUGACAAGGGCCUUCGUUCGAGGAAGCCUGGUCAAGCUGUCAAGGCCAUACAACAAACCGGGAGCAGGCUCCAGCAGUGGGAUCAGGAACCUGAACCCACAAAGGCAGCGCAUAAGAUAUUUGACUUGGUCGCUGGGGAGGAGAGGUUCUUUCUCAACUGUAUUCUUUUGAAGCUUUCUGAUGCCUUCAGGUCAGGCGAUAAAGAUAUAAGGGUCUCUGUUGUCAAGGUAUUUCUAUCACUGUUCAAGAUGAGAAGGAAAACUAAGCGCUAUCACGGGGUUAUGUCAAAAGCCAAGAUGUGCAAUCCCUUGGAACUUCUGAAGAGAGUGAAGAUUGUUUUUGAUACUGGCGAUUUAGAGUCAAGAGUUCUGGCUUUGGUCCUCUUUGGUAGCUGGGCUGAAUUUUCGAGGGAUAAUGCUCAUAUCAGAUAUAUAAUACUCUCAAGCUUGGUCUCGUCGGAGGUAAUGGAGGUGAGGUCAGUAGUCUUACCAAACUGGUUUUGGUUCCUUAUGAGAAUAGCGGAUUAUGUUUGGAUUCUUUUGUGUGUGCAGGUAAAAGCAUCUUUGUUUGCUGCAGGUUGCUUUUGUAAGUUUGCAUAUGACUUUGCUCCUGUUGUCUUAGAAAUGCUGCCUCGUAUAGUGGCUUCAUCCGAGCUAUCAUCAACUUUGAGAGCAGCUGGAGCAAAUGUCUUCGCCAAAAUGGGAUACUUUUCACCUAAUGCAGUUAAUGGAUACAAGAUCGGUCUGAAGCUGCUGCUAUACUCUUCAGAUGAGGAUUUAUCAGUCUCCUUGCUACUUUCGCUCUCAAAACUGGCUUAUAAAUCUAGCAGUAUUCUACCUGAUCAGGUAGAAGUGCUUUUAUCAUUUCUUAGCCAAGAGAAACCUUUACACCAGCAAUCAACAGCCUUAAGGUGCCUUCGACUUUUAUCAUCUCCAGUUUGUUCCCAUCCUGUUGGCCUCCUAACCGUCAAACCCUUACUGAGGAUUGUGCAUGAUACUAAACUGCCCAUAUCUAUGCAAUGCGACGCACUACGGAUUCUGCAUAAGAUGUUUAAGUACCAAAAGAUGCACAUGCCUGGUGAUGUGAUGCGUGAAUUUUCUAAAGUUCUCACCAUUUUGGAUAAUGCAAACCAGUCAAAUAUAGAGUCCAACCGUGUUCUAGUCAUCUCUAUCCUAGCAGAUGUGCUCAUUAAGAAUAGCAGAAAAACUGGCACAGAGCUUGAUGGAAACUGUGAUUCUUUUCCUUCCCUGACAUGGAUCAUCUCGACAAUUAUCGGUCAGAUCAUCUCACUGGUGAAGCAGUUGUUGGAUAGUAAUCGGUACUGGGAUGUAGCACUUCCAGAAGUACGGAGGUUGCUUGCUGUUCUUCUUUUUGUAGCUGGAGAACAUCUUGUUCAGGGAGUCAUUGUACUGGAUAGAAUUAGAUUGGUAAUUGAUUAUCUUGUGAACCACUUGCCCCAGAAGGCUAUUGUCUCAACAGUAACUGCUCCAACUGGUCAGGAGAUGGAUCAUUUUAGAGCGAAGAACUUCGGCACUAGUCUGAAGAUCGCCAAUCAAGUUCACAAGUUCGCAGUAGCAUGCAUUCAGAAUCUCAUUGAACUUGGUGCCAGUGCUGCUGAAGUACUAGACAAAGUAAAGAUGUUGGUUGAUUGUGUACACAGGUGCAGUUUAUUUGGUUCCUAUGUGCAGGCAGUUUACUCUAUACAGGUGCACUCUUCAGUGUUUUGGGGUUGUGCUGUCAACAAGAGCAAACAAGGUUGUAGUCCAAAUAGGCAAUUGGGGGAUUCGGAUUGUGAUCUCUUGAUUAAGCAUGAAAUUUUCACCCUUGAGUGUGUCAUGGAGAUGCUGAAAGAGAAGAAUUUCUGGCAGUUGUACACGAUUGGAAAAUUCGCAGCAGGUCAAGGAGCGUGGGUCACAGCUAAAUUUAUAUUUGAGCAAAUAGCAAGCAAGGUUCAAUCAGAAUCCUCCUCUUGCUGGUUAAAAUCACUAGCUCAGCAUGCCCAAUGUGAGAUGAGAAUUCAGUUGUUUCUCUUACCAAAACUAAGGUGCAGUUUAGCAGAGUGGUCACUAACAAAAGAGAUCCCAAUUCUCUAUUUCCGGAACAUCUCUUGUGGCAGCGUUGAUCAAGGUGUUUCUGUUCAAGUCUGUGGAGAAAGUUAUGGUGAAGUGCUUGUAGAAGCUCACAACAGUAUACGUUCUUCUGCGGAAACCCUGGAUUGUGUUGUCAAGUUUGGCAAUUCAUUUUAUUUCCAGAGAUGGUUUUUGGCUUUGAGAAUGCUGGUCCUUACAACUGUAUAUGAUGUGCUCAAAGUGUUAGGUUCUAGCGGCAGUGGGCAUGCUGAAGGAAGUUUAGCACAUGGUCUCAGUUCUGUACAACAAAUUACGCAAUGUUCAUUUCGUUUGACGAGACUAGCACAAGAACUGGAUCUACUCUACAUUUCUUUCAUUAACAUGGACACCAAGAGUUCAAAUAUCAUCUCGGCCCUUGCUUUGAGUUGUUCACUGUUGGCUUUCACUUCUGGGACAGCUGCUUCUUUUGCAACUGUGCAUGCAAAUGACAAUAGCAAUCUGCAUCUCAAUAGAAUGUCGAUAGAAGACUUGGCUGGUCGAUUGUGGCUCAUAGAUCCUGACACCUGUUCUAUUCUGUUCCAACUUUUGGAUGUCAGUCUGGGCAUAGACCAUCCUCAUGUCCAGCCUAGGAAUCAGAAGCUGGAAAGUGGUGAAGUAAGAGAUAUCACCAGCAUCUGUCACGAUGUUGUUUCUCGUGUAGAUGGAUUUCGAAACGAGUUAAAAGACCCAGUUGAUAAUGUGGAAGCUCUGCUCAAAGUUACUGUAGAAAGCUUCCAGCUUCUGUUGAAUACUAUUGUCAAAUGGCUCCAAAUUCCUUUCAAGCUCCCUAUGUACUUCUUCAAAACAAGGCCUUGCCUUGUCUCGGAGCUCUUCACCUCCAAUGCUGAUGCCACCAACCAAAACGAGUUGAUUGUCCAGCCAGGAUGCGACCUCUCUCUGAACCUAUGCAUCCAACUUAAGAACUUGCCAGAUCUCCCCACUCCCAUAUCGAAACUAUAUUGCAUAGUCUAUUCCAUCACAUCUUUCGCAGAGUCCAGUCCAACCAGCAGAGGAACCAAGACGGGGCAAAUCCAGCGAGUGGACUUCAAAGACUGGCACAUGGAUGACAUGGUGCAGGCUAAUGAGAAACUGUUCCAUCACGUGAGAGACCGUGCUAACAAGACUACUGAUAGGGGCCGUAAACGUCCCAGGGUUGAGGAAGGGGUUGUUCAGAGUGUUGUUCAGUUUGAGGUGAACAACAGGGGGCAGGGGUUUUCAAGUUGCGUGCUUGGUGUAUCUGGUUUUCCGGAGGGCUGCUACCGGAUCAAGUGGCACAGCUGUUGUGUUGAUGGUAGAGGUCGUUAUUGGAGCCUCCUUCCUUCGAAUUCUGGACCUGUAUUUACUGUGUGCAGAAGCUGAAGCUACCUGUUGUAAAAAGUCGAUUAUUUUGACUUCUGUAAUUUGAUGAAACGGUGGUAAAUAGAUUCUUCUUUCAGACCGUCUCUGGUUCUUCUGAACGGUGAAUGUGCUCUAUUACUGUGUUAUAUAUGGUUUACAGUUUUUGCUCACACAUAGACACGCUUGAGGUGGAUGGCUUCCUUCUUCUAUCCUGAAACAAUGAGAAAAGCUAGAGAUCAAUGGAAAUGGCAGAAGAACUAAGGCCAAAACAACGAGAACAGGGAGCAGUGAGCCUGUGAGAUAGAAUAGAAGCACAAAAUAAUGAAAAAAGCUUGAGAAUGUAAUAAAAAUGUCAGAAGUGGGAUUUGAACCCACGCCCUCUCUCGAGGAC